AUAUAUAUAUGGGUGGAGGAGAGCCCUUUCCUGUACGCAGUCCUGACUGCACAAAUUUCUUCUUCUUUUAAAUAAAAUCAGGGUUCUCAGUUGAGUCGUUUUCCUGAGGUCAAUUUUGCCUCCCAAAAAUCCAAUUUAAAGUUGGGAGUUAAUGCUGGUCUUUUUUGCUUUCGAUUUUUUUGGUUAUUUGGUGAGCAGAUGGAUACAUAGAUAGAUUCUUCUGCUUGCGGUUGGCUGCUCUGCUGGGUUGAUUUCCGCUGGGCCCAACUUUCCACUCAAAUUUGCAAUUAAUGGCGUCGAAGUCUUAGAUGAGAAUGGAAAUCAAAUAUGAGAGUUGACGAGAGUGAGAGAAAGAGUUAGGGGUGUCUCCAUCUUCACAUCUUUCUUCAGUGCCUUUCUUUUUUUCCGUCCACCAUUUUCUCGCUGGCUCGCAUUUUGGGGGAUUAGGGUUUCUUGCUUUUGGCAGAUUAGACGUUUGUGGGGUUUCCAUUUUCCUCUCCAUACGUAGCCCCUACCGAUUCCCUGAAUUUCUACCUUCUGAUUGUUUUCCUCCCCACAUGGCUUUGCUUCCGCUUUGAUCCACACAUUCGAUCUUUGGAGUGUAUUUCAUGAAAAUACAUUGAACAUUCCAACAUGGUUUAUUGAAGCUUGCUGGAUCUGAAGGCUUGGACAUAAAAACCGUACUGUCUGAGUGAGCUUUGAAUCUGCUAAUGCGAUUGAGUUGAGGGCUUUGACACAUAAUAUCCGUCAGGUGGCUAAAUAAUCAAGCAUGGAUAGAGUGAUUCAACCUCCAUUGGUAGAUACAACAGCGUGCCUAUGUCGGGUUGAUGCAGGCCUCAAAACUGUUGCAGGUGCCAAAAAGUAUGUGCCAGGAACAAGGCUUUGUCUUCAGCCAGACAUUAAACCCUCCAUUCACCCUACCAGGCAGAAGCCACCACGUGACCGGACCAGGAAUCAAUCUCCUCUAUUGCCCGGGCUUCCCGAUGACCUUGCAAUCGCUUGCCUAAUACGUGUACCAAGAAUUGAUCAUUUCAAGCUCCGUCUCGUUUGCAAAAGAUGGUCCCGACUUCUGGCUGGUAACUUCUUUUACUCCCUCCGAAAGAAUCUUGGAAUGGCCGAGGAGUGGCUAUACAUCAUGAAGAGAGACCGAGAUGGCAAGCUAUCAUGGCUCGCCUUUGAUCCGAUGCAUCAGCUCUGGCAACCUUUACCGCCUCUACCGAGAGAAUACACUGAAGCCCUUGAUUUCGGAUGUGCAGUUCUCAAUGGUUGCCACCUCUACUUGUUUGGUGGCAAAGAUCCGGUCAAAGGUUCCAUGAGAAGAGUCGUCUUCUACAGCGCACGAACCAACAAAUGGCACCGCGCCCCAGAUAUGCUUCGCAGGCGACAUUUUUUUGGCUGCUGUGUCAUGAACAACUGUCUAUAUGUCGCAGGUGGAGAGAGCGAGGGGACUCACCGAUCACUACGAUCUGCUGAAGUUUAUGACCCCAACAAAAAUCGAUGGUCGUUCAUAUGUGAUAUGAGCACGGCAAUGGUGCCCUUUAUAGGCAUAGUAUACAAAGGGAAGUGGUUCUUGAAGGGCGUAGGGUCACGCAGGCAAGUUCUGAGUGAAGUGUACGAGCCGGGAGCGGAUAAAUGGAGCCCAGUUUACAAUGGAAUGGUGACGGGGUGGAGGCAUCCAUGCGCUACGAUAAAUGAUGAUCUCUACGCUUUGGAUUGCAAAGAUGGGUGCAAGCUUAGAAUGUACGAUGAGACGAGCAGUUCUUGGAGCGUGCAGAUCGACAGUAAAACGCAUAUGGGGAGCUCCAAGGCACUGGAGGCAGCUGCAGUGGUUACGCUCAAGGGGAAGCUCUGCAUUAUCAGGAACAACAUGAGUAUAUCUCUUGUUGAUGUGUCGAAAUCAGACCAUGAACAUUUGUGGGAAACGAUAUCCGGGAAAGGGCACUUGAAAACAUUGGUAACAAACUUUCUGUCGAACCUUGCAGGUCGGAAUCGGUAUAAAAACCGGAUAGUUCAGUGUCAAGUUCUUCAGGCUUAGGUAAGGAGGGUUGGUAAGAUGAUGGCAAUAUUGGGUAAAUAGCAGAGUACACAAGACAUAUAUCUAUACAUAUAUGUGUAUGUAUACUAUUACCGUAUGAAUGUAUGUAUGUAUGUCAGACGUCUUUGUUUGAACUAAUUCUAUUCAUUCAAUUCAGGCUGUAAUGCAUUUAUAAAUCUGGCAUUAUUCUUUUGAUAUUCUAUUCA